AGAGAAAAAUGGCGUUUUCUUCAGGUGAUAGUAAUGUGCCGGAAAGUGUUAAAAAUGCAGAUUUUGAAGAGCCGGAUACAUCUCUACCAAAAACAAAUAUAUCGAAAAUUAGAAACAAAAUGAGAAGAAUGACUGAAUAUGUAAAAUUGAAGAAAGAAAAACAAAGACUGAAAAGAAUUGCAAGAAAGAAAAGACUGAAGGAAGCAAAAGCUCUUGGAGAUUCUGCUCCACCAAAGAAAGUUCCAAAGACCAUUGAAAACACUCGAGAACCUGAUGAUGCAAUGGUUGACCCUCAAGAUGAAGAAGUACAGUUUGAUGAAGCCAUGGAUGAGAUGGCUGCAUAUUUUAACAAAGAUUACGUACCAAAAGUUUUAGUAACUUCGAGUGACAACCCUCACACUAGAACAAUUCGUUUUUGUAGAGAGCUUAAACAAACCAUUCCAAAUGCUGAGUUUCGGUGGAGAAACAGAGCAAGUGUCAAAAAGAUGGUUAAAGGUGCUAUAGAACGAGGAUUUUCAGACAUUGUUCUAAUAAAUGAAGACAGAAGACAUCCUAAUGGAAUGCUCUUAGUACAUCUUCCUGAUGGACCAACGGCUCAUUUUAAGAUAAGUAACACCAAACUGUGUCGAGAAGUUAAGCAUCAUGCCACUUGGAGCGAGCACCGUCCAGAAGUUAUUCUAAACAAUUUUAACACCCGACUCGGUCACACUGUAGCCCGUAUGCUAGCAUCCAUCUUCCAUUAUGAACCUCAAUUUCGUGGACGUCGAGUUGUCACAUUUCACAACCAACGUGAUUAUAUAUUCUUUAGGCAUCACAGAUAUGAAUUUAAAAAUGAAAAACGUGCAGCGAUACAAGAAAUUGGACCAAAGUUCACAUUGAAGCUUCGGUCCCUCCAGAAAGGCACCUUUGAUUCAAAGUUCGGGGAGUAUGAAUGGGUAUUGAAGCGGCAUCAAAUGGAGACGAGCAGACGACGCUUUUUUCUAUGAUAGAAGACAGAAGAAUAUGAUUAUAUUUUGUAUCACUUUGUAUAGCUCAAUGAAAAACUAAAAUAAGACACUCAUGAAGAUGGAAAUAUUA